AUGGCAGUGAACUUCACCUCCAUCCCUUUGGUCGACUACCAGGACUCACUUUCCCCUGAUACAAAGCCACGCUUCCUCUCCGCGCUUAGGAGUGCACUCGUCGAUGUAGGUUUCUUUUACCUUCAGAACCCUCCGAUUGAGGCCGAAGUACGGGAGACACUUGUGAAGACAACGGGUGCAUUUUUCGACCUCCCAACAAAAAAGAAGCAGGAGCUGGACGUGGCCCACAGUAAACACUUCCGGGGAUACGGCUGCGCGGGUGCUGAAAAAACAGCUACAAUAAGCGACCAGCGGGAAACUUUAACAGUUGGUAUCGACGCACCUGUCCAUGGCUCGGACUCGCCCAUCUACUACGGUCUCGAGGGACCUAAUCAGGUAUGGCAAGAGACUUACAUCUAUCCAAAAUGGCCAUUGCUGACUAUAACCACAAAGUGGCUUCCUGAAGAAGCUACCCCAGGCCUCCGUAAAGCAGUCGAAGUAUACAUUGAUCAGACCCAAAAGCUGGCAGAGACGUUUGUGUUUUUUAUUGCUGAAGCAUUGGAAAUACACCCUGAUGCUUUUACAAAGGUGCUCCAGAGGGAAUACCCCUACAGCCUCCUGAGAAUCGGUGCCUAUCCUCAAAUGGACCCUUCAAAGCCUACUGCGGCAGAUAUCCAGGGUGUUGGGCCUCACAAGGAUUCAAGCUUCUUGACCUACCUGCUUCAAGGAACCGGUCAUUCAAGUCUAGAGGCGCAGAACAAAGCGGGAACAUGGAUCUCGGUCCCCCCCUAUCCCGAACACACUUGUGGAGUUUGCGUUGCCACUACUCACCGAGUCAACUUGAGACCAGCUCAAUACCUUGGAGCGAAUAAUAUGCCUCUCGGAAAGCGCUUGAGUUUCGCAUUCUUCCAAAUGGUGGCUCUCGAUGUGACUCCUGAGGAUAUGAGAGUGGUGUUACCUGCUCAUAUUUUGGCUUUACGCGAGAAGGAUGUGAAGUCCGACGCUGAAACAUUCUUCGCUGAUCUUUUCAAAGGCCCUGCUGGUGAGGCGCUUUUAACAAAUUGCAUCACGAGCUAUCCUGAAAUGGGGAAGCGAUGGUACCCUGAAAUGUUAGCUAAAAUGCUUGAGCAGCAGCAUAAAGGUAAAUUGCUAGAUGAUGCCAGACUUGCUGGAAAGUCUCAGACGGUUUAA